AUGGAUACUCUGAUAUGUGCAGGACUUGCGGCAGCGUCCGCCACGUUGUUACCAGGUCGAGACGCAUUAUUCCCCAGCUUUAAAGCAGCCGUGCACGCGAAACCGGGUGUCGAACCCAACGAACGGCAGUCCCCAAAGCUGGAUCGCCAAGAUAGCUCUAAAUCUGAGGACCAGCUGCCUCCUCUGCCUGCCGAUGGUCCUGAAUCCAGUGAGCACUCGCCUCCCCCAUUUGAUAGCUUCAACGCCGAUGAGAAGUCGCCUCCCCUAGUUAAUUCUGAACUCACUCCUCCUGCCGAGCUACCGCCUCUUCCCGAUGGCCUUGAGCUUGACCAGCCGUCGCCUCGCCCAGUUGAUAGCUCUGGACCUGAUGACAAGCCUCCUCCUGCCGAGCUACCACUUCUUCCCGAUGGCUUUGAGCCUGAUCAGCCGUCGCCUCCACCAGUCGAUGGCUCUGGAUCUGAUGAUAAGUCUCCUACUGCCGAGCUAGCGCCUCCUCCUGAUGGCUUUAAGCCUGAUCAGCCGUCGCAUCGUCCAGCUGAUAGUUCUGGAUCUGAUGAUAAACCCCCUCCUCCUGGAAAGCUACCGCCUCUUCCCGACAGCUUCGAGUCCGAUGAGGAGUCACCCUCCGUUGUUGACUCUGAAUUCACUCCUGCUUCCGACGACUCUUCGACCUCGCAAGCGACGUUGAUCCCCCGUGGCAAGUGCAACAUCCCUUCUAUCUCCGCUUCGCCCGAACGCACUCCCGAUGAUAUGAAGGCACUGGAUGUGCCACUUGACGCCGUCGAAGCGGACACAUUCACCGAGGCAGGGCCUGUUUCCCCUAGCCCGAACCUGAUCCAAAUACCCCUAGAUACAUAUACGCAUUUACUAGACCAAAUGACGCGCUUCUUCUCUCACCUGCACGUCUCACCGCCCCCCGCCCUACCAGCUGCAGUUGCUCCAGACAUCCAACAGGGCUGUUGUCCUCAAGGACCAGACGUACUGCGAGUCGUAGAAAGCUUUGAAGCCUCAAGCAAGGCUGAAACUUUGGAACGCUCUACACACUCGUUCCUCUUACAGGAGGAACUACACGGGGCAAAACGCAUAAUAGCCAAUCUGGCUGAAACCUCGGAGCGCUGCGCAAACUCAAAUGUGACCUCCAUCAUUACACGGCAGCAGGCCAUGGAGAUAGACAUCGCAACUCUUAAACAAGAGACUUCCAGUCUCCAUGACCGAAGGACGGCCAUCGUCCUCGAGGACAGAUUGGAUGAGGUGUCUGAUCUGAGGCAGCGUUUAGAAACCCAGGUCAAUACACCCCUCGCAUCGAUAAACAAGUUUCAAGUAAAAGAGAGGAGUUUUGCUCUCGAAAAGCAGGAGCUUGAAGGACAGAUUGCGCAACUCAACCAGGCCCAGAAGCAGGCCGCCCAGCAGAACGAACAAAUGACCCGCGAACUCGAGUAUCUUCGACGCGAUUAUGAAACAGAAGUUCAGAAGCUUGGAAUUCGGAACACAGACAUCCAUGCCGAAGCCAUGCAUCGUGUGGAGCUACUCGCCACCGAAAACAAGGCUAUUCGGGCUCAGAACUCCGAGAUUGCGAGUAUUGCAGUUAAUCAGGCAAGCAAAUCCAACAUCGGCGCCCUGCAAUGCGAGGGAGCGCGCCUCCAGGAGGAACGAUCUUGGGUUGGGGACAAGGUGAGCGAGUUGAUCAGUAAAUGCGCAGCCUACGAGGUUGAGAACGCGCAUCUACAUACACAAGUGAGCGAGUCAAUCAGUAAAUACGCAGCCUACGAGAUGGAGAUCGGACGCAUACGUACAGAAGUGAGCGACUCGAGUAGUAAAUGCGCAGCCUACGAGGUCCAGAACGCGCGCCUACAUACACAACGCAUUGGUACAAUCAACACAAUCCACGGUUGCCUUGCCAUUCUGGCAUCCUCUGGCCCUGCUGAACGUGACACUACGUUGGUGCCCUCCGCCGUCGUAAUCGGCGCGGAUCCGAUGGCCGAGUCGGAGCGGUGUUUCCAAUACCUCAAGAAAAUACGUCACCAAAUAGGAGACUUGGAAAAGGCUUGUGCGCAAGAUCAUCGCGGCCAUUUACCAUCUAAAGUGUCCCACGCACCAGUAGCGGCUCAGACCGAAGGAAUCUUUAUAGUUACAAGGGAAGCUGGGACUCAAGCAGGUGGAUCCAGCGACGCACCGCCGCGCGUAACCCCUACCACUUUGGAUCAAGUGGUUCAAACCGAUGAGAUCCUCGUAAUCUCAAGCGAAGCUGAGGUACAAGCAGGUGGAUCUAGCGAUGCGCCCCUCCGUGUACCCUCGACCGAUCACGGGGUUCAAACCGAUGAAAUAGUCUCAAGUGAAGCUAAGGCACGAGCUGGCGGGUCCAACAAUACACACCAGGUCCAGUCGCCUGAGGGAGUUCAGGCUGAAGUAACCCAAAGUGAAACUGAGACGUACGGGGACCAAUCCAGCGACUCGUCAAUCCAGUCACCACCGAGCGUCAACGCCUCUCACGACGAGGAGGCUCCUUCCCAAGAAAUUCAUGUUGUCUCUGGCGAACAAGAAUAUGGAUCCGAUGAUGCAGCACCCCAGUUACUAUCAACAUCGUCGGAGCUACCCAUUUUUGAGGCUCAUGGGCCUCCUCAUGACUCCGAUGGAGCUCAGAAUGGGGAUCAUACCCCCUCGUCGUCGCCACCGCAAACACCGGCUUUCAAGGCAUUUAAUUUCACGCCGUUGACCCCGUCGCCGCACGAUAGAUCCCUCAUAGGACCUUUGUCGCCUAUGUCCCCCCUAACAAGCAGUCCUGACGGUUCUCCGGUUAGACGGAACGUACGCGUUAAGCAAUUAGCGAGCACUUCAACAAGUUCGCGAAGAACUCAGUCCGGCACACGAUCAAUUUCUAACGACCAGAACUCUGGACAACUCCCCAAAGCUUCGACGAUAAUGAGUCCGCGACGGACUCGGUCUAGCAUGCGAUUGACUUCCAACAACCGGAUAUGCAACCAGCUUGCCCCCGGCGGAAGCCUGACGUCAAAGCGUAAAGCCACUUCAAACUCCUCAGCUGCCCCCAAAAAGCGACGGAGAACUGGCUUCGCAGCUAGCGGGCUUCAAAGGAGGCUGGCCACGCCCGAAGAACUCCUCUGUGACGAUUUCAAAAAUACCUUCAUUAGUGACUUGAUGGAAGAGGGGGAUACUGAAAUGCCCGGUAGUUACCCCGCAACACCCUUGAAGCCUCCCGUUCGAACAGUGCCUCUUCCCACAAUCAAAAGGCCGUCAACAACCCCGACCCCACUAUCGAUCGAUUUGCAGAAGCCACCACCACCACCCAGCAGCAGGAAGCAGGACAUUUACACCUUCCUCCGGCGACUAUGUUCACCAAAGAUUACCGAUUUCACCAUUGAGCUUUGCGCAGCCUCACUAUCGGAAAUCAAGGAUAAACACGCAUUAUUGCUCCAGGCGUCUCUUCUGGCUACAAACCACCUUGCUUUGCCAGAAAAUGGAGCUGUUCAGGAUCAAACCUUCACCAGCGCUCGACAUCUACAAAAUCUUACGCCCAUUCUUCUCGUCCUGAACUGUGAAUACAUCACUAUUCCACCCCCGAUUGACUCAAUUAGCGGCCACGGUCUCCUGGGACAACGAAUCUAUCUCCCUCAGGUAGCGUCUGAUCAUCGCCGGAUUCCCCAGAUAGAGGCUGUCAUCAACCCUUCAGCCCCUCUCAAUGCCACGUCACACCCAGCUAGGGCACCUCCCCCUUCUAGCUACUUCAUCGACAAGGACAUGAAAGUGUUCUAUACCGAACAAGGGACCGAUAAACUACUGGGCCGGCUCAAGCUAUACAACUGCCGACUCCAAGAGCACAACGACGAUAAAAACAUGAUGGCUGAGCGGAUGUGGCUCCAGGACAAACACGAGACCUGGCAGGAUAUCACCCAUCAAUGGAAUUUGCGCAACGGCAUCAACAACAUGCUUGUGCCCCACCCAAACGAAAAGGACGCAUAUCUAACAUGGGGCAGGGGUGAUCGGCCAAACUGGGUGAAAGGCGAGACUAUGAAGAAUAAAGCGAAAACAUGA